GGUUCGUCCUGUCGGUUUAUCAGCGCGACCGAGAUGAGAUAAUAGGCUACAGCUCGCUGCGUGUCACUCUGCCAGGACACAGCUGCCAGCUCCUUUUUAUUCCCAACUUCUCUCACUUUACUCUUCAGAGCUCACUCGUUGAUAAACGAGUGAGCUAAGCACUUUUAAACUUUUACAUUUUUGGAGCAAAGAGGAAAAACAGCGGACGACGUUUUCCCAGAAACGGCGGGUUGGGUCGUCACCGACGCAGAAAAGGAUGUGAGGUCUCUCUGGAUAAAACAUCUGCAGCUGAGCCGUUGAACCACAAGUAUCUACUUCACUCUUGAAAUGGAGCCAGUUAUGUUUUAAACUUGUUUUCUAACCACUUCUGCCUGAAAUACGUUGGCCACGGAGGGACACUUGAAACUUUGAUAUGGGACACGCGAGGAGGCGUUUGCAUCUGUCAAGGUAAAAGGCGAGCAGAAUACAGAGAUGGAAGGCUCUGCUCUGCUCACGGUGGUGCUAGCUGGAGCGAUUCUGUGGAUCUCUGCCAUCCACGCAGGCACCGAAGAUGAUGAGAAGCUGCUGUGUACGUGCGAAAAUGAAAAAGGCACGUGCACGAACGGAACUUGCAGAGGAGACGUCUGUUUCUUCUCCUCGGUGCAGGGCUAUGAGGAGAGAGGCUGUUUCUCCAAGGUUAACUCCAAGGAGCAGUGCUCCGCCGCCUUUGCGAACUUCUUCAUCAACUGCUGCAAGGAGAACCUGUGCAACACCUUCACUACAAGACCACCGGACAUUAAAGGAGAAACGACAACAGAAUUCCCUCGUCCGGAGCUGUGGAUCACCAUAUCUUUGCUGCUGUUAAUCAUGACCGCUGGUGCAUGUGGCCUGGUGUUGUUCCUGCGCUUCCAACGUGCACGCUGCGGACUGAGACAGGCUGAAGACCAUGAUGUCACCAUGCUCAAGGUCCCUAAUGGAGAUGAUCCCACAUAUGGCGAUAUCUUUGAUGAGUUUUGUACAUCAGGGAGUGGGACAGGGCUGCCUUAUCUGGUCCAAAGGACCAUGGCCAGACAAAUCUCACUUGUCGAGUGUGUCGGUAAAGGCAGGUAUGGGGAGGUGUGGAGGGGGACUUGGAUGGGGGAAAGUGUGGCUGUCAAGAUCUUCUCCUCUAGGGACGAGCAGUCCUGGUUCAGAGAGACAGAGAUCUACAAUACUGUACAGCUGCGACACGACAACAUACUGGGUUUCAUAGCCUCUGACAUGACAUCCAAGAAUUCCAGCACCCAGCUGUGGCUCGUCACUCACUUUCACGAGUUGGGUUCACUCUACGACUUCCUUCAGUACAGCAGCUUGGAGCCAGAGAGCUGCCUGAGGAUGUGCCUGUCUGUGGCCUGUGGCCUGGUCCACCUCCACACUGAGAUUGUCAGCUCCCAGGAGAAGCCAGCCAUCGCCCACCGAGACCUGAAAAGCCGAAACAUCCUGGUAAAGCGGAAUGGACAGUGUUGCAUCGCUGAUCUAGGUUUGGCUGUAAUACACUCCCAGUCCCAUGACUACCUCGAUGUGGGCAACAACCCUCGUGUGGGGACCAAACGCUACAUGGCCCCUGAGGUGCUCGAUGAGACUAUUCGUAUGGACGUCUUUGAGUCUUACAAGCAAACCGACAUCUGGGCCCUGGGCCUGGUCUUCUGGGAGAUUACCCGCAGGACCAUUGUCAAUGGGAUCGUGGAAGAGUAUCGUCCUCCCUUCUUUGACAUGGUGCCCUCAGACCCCAGUUUUGAGGAGAUGAAGAAGGUGGUGUGUGUGGACCAGCAGAGGCCUAGUCUGCACAACAGGCUCCAUUCCCAUCCAAUCCUCUCGGCCAUUGUGAAGAUCAUGAAGGAGUGUUGGUACCAGAGCCCACCAGCCCGCCUCACGGCCCUGCGGGUGAGGAAGACGCUCUCCAAACUGGACCAUGACAGUGACUUCAGCAUCGAGAAACUCAAGCAGGACGUCUAGAGCAGAGAACCAGGAUGAAACAGGGACACAAGAUUGAAAAUGCAACAAGGGAUUGUGCAACGCAUUCUGAGCAGCACAAGGUGCAUAUCAUUAGCAUAUUUUGAGCUAAUGAAUCACACAGCCACUGCAUUACAUUAAAACCAUAUGACUUUGAACAGUAGUGUCUAGACCGUCUUACACCCAAGGCUAUGUUUUUUUUUUUUUUUGUGAAGCCUAAUUUUCAACUUCCAGAUUUCUGGUGCCUCAAACCAUGAGGCCCCUAAAAGAAAACCAUUAAAGGACAAAGAUUUUUUUCAAGGUAUUUUUCCUUUUAUAACGUUCAGUCCAUCAUCCUGACAGAAUGGAAAAUCUCGCACAGCACAAUUUGCUCAUCCUCUCAUCAAAAAGAGGAGCUCUGAUAAUCAGUUUAUCACUUUACUAUAAAAUAAAGGAAAUAUCAUCAUGUUCAUACCAAAGCACAUUACCUGUUCUGUAAGAAUAUUUAACUUAUAAACUUAUAAAAUGAGCAUUUAUUAUAUGCACAUAGUCACAUUGAACUAUUUAGUUGUACAUAUUCUAACAGCAUUAAAGCUGUUGUCUUGUAUCACUGUUGGGUUAAUUGUAAAUAUAUUUCAAAAGGGGUAUUAUUUCCUUUUUAUUCAACAAUGAGACACGUUUUAUAUCCAUUUGUACGACACAACGUUUCAGAUUAUUUUUUUACGUUUCCGUAGGCCCAUAUGUACCAUCACCAUCACUAUGGUCAGUAAAGGAUUUCACAAACAGACAUGUAAUGUUUUAUAUGUUGAAUAAAGGAUUGUAUUUUUCAAAUGUU